CAGUAAGCGGUGAUGCACUCAAACUUUUAUAACUGUAUAUAAUGAUAUUAUUAUUUAUUUAAUAAUGAGAAAAAUGUAGAAAAAAACAUAGAAGAAAUACUAAAAAAAAAAUUUUAAGCGCGAAUUACGACAAGAUAAGGAAAUUUAACGAAACAUGUAAUUUAUAUGUGGUAAUAAAUAACAAAUACCAAAAAUCGACCAAUAUUCCAAAGAAAUAAAGAAUGAAAUAUUCUAAAUAUAAUAUGAGAAAACAAAAUGUGAUAAUUUCUUGUAAAACUCAUCCAAAGCAUAAUAAGUUAACCAUAAAAAUGUGAUAAUUAAUAACAAAAAUAUUAAAACAAAAAAUAAAAAGUAUAAACGUGUUUUACAUACAAGUAUUCAAUAUAAACACUGCAUUAGCUAUUGUUCUUCUAUUUUUUUUUAUUAUUUUACAAAAGCUCUAAUUUAGUUCUAAAUUUAAAAGUAAAUAGUUAGUAUAAAAUUAAAAAAAAAAAUAUUACCAAAAAUGAAUGAAAAUAACAGUGAGAUUAUAAAAAAUCAGGUGUCUAUUACUAAGACAACAUCAUUAGCCUCUAUACCAACACAAAUUUCAGCGACACAAUUAAAAUAUCCAUUAAUAACAUCGGCAGCACCAUUAGCACGUGGUGAAUCACUUUCUAGUACAACAAGUAGUGAGAUUUCAAAAGGAUUUUCAAAAAGUCAACCCUUUUUAUAUCAUUCCUCUGACAACUCUAAUACAGUACAAAUGCCUAUUACAAUACAAAAUAUUUCUGCUUAUAAUGAAACAACAAUAACGAAAAUUAAUAAAAGUGAUAAUAAUGAAAAUCAUAAUGAAAGUUCAGAUGAAAAAAAUUUUCAUCGCAAUAAUAAAAGUAGUAAUGAAAAUAAUGAAAUGCAAUUUGUUGAAGAUUUUUGUAAUAAUAAAAAUAAUAAUGAUUUAAAAUCUAAUAUUAGUUCUAAUAAUUUAUAUAAUAUCGAAAAUAAUGAUGUAUUCAUCGAAACUGAUAUACAAAAAUCAAUUAUAUUAAAUGGUGAUCAAAAACAACUUCAACAACAAAACCAAAUAGAACAACAGGAGGAAAAAGAAUCAUCGGAUAUUUUAUAUCAAAAAUAUAUACAAUCACAAUUAGUGCAACAACAACAACAACAGCAGCAACAACAACAACAACAUCAUUAUCACCAUCAUCAUCACCAUUAUCAUAAUAACUCUGAAUCAUUGAAUAAUUCUCAUCCUCAUCAUCAUCCUCAAUAUUAUUAUCAAAACCAGCAUUCUCAGCCAUAUAACCAACAACUGCAACAUCAAUAUCAAAAACAUUAUCAACAACAACAACAAUACCAACCUCAACAAUUAAUAAGAUCAUCGAAAAAUCGAAAAUUUAUUGUGAUACCAGCUAAUUCUCCUAUAGCUGAAAGAUCAAUUUCACCAAGUAAAUCAUUUGGAAGAACAUUAAAAUCAACAUCAUCAUCAUCAUCAUCUUCAAGUUAUAAUAGGAUUCCACAUUCAUUAAUAUCAUCGAAUACAAAAUCACUUAGUUCAAUAUCUGUACCAGAUUCAACAAGUUCAACAUUAUCUGGACCAAAUGCUAUAAAUUUAUUUAAACAAAAAACUGAUCAUCAUCAUCCUCCCUCAUCUGAUCAUCCGAGCGUACAAUUUAUUGUUGGUGAUAGCUGUAAUAUUGAAAAUAAUGAAAAUUUUAUAAAUAGCCUGAAUAAUAACGAUAUUAUACCACCGCAUAAUUAUAGGGAUUCAUUACCAUCGACAUUAGCAACUUACCAAAGCAACGAAAAUAAUAUUAAUUUUUAUAAUGUAAGAUCUAAUAUGUCUCCAAUUCAUCAACCUGUUUUUAUAGUUGGUGAUGAUGAUAACAAUUUCAAAAACGAUUCAAUUACAAAUGAUAACCUUAAUAUUAAUACAAAAAUAAUAAAUUCUAAUGCCGAUAAUUUACAAGAGCAACAACAAGAACAACAGCAACUACAAAAGCAACAAGAACAAAACCAACAACAGUAUUAUUAUUAUAAUCAACAAGAAUCGGAUGCUAUUAAUCAUAAUAAAAGACAAAAUCCCAAUAGACUAGUCGAUAUGGCGACAUUAAAAGCUACAGCAUUAACUGCUUCAAUUUCUAAUAUUUCUCCAACCACUAAUAAUAGUAAUUUACCUUGUAUCACAAUCGCAUCUAAUUCAACAACUAAUUCUGUUGCUACUACAAUAAAUUUACAAAAUUCAAAUUUAAAAGCUUAUAAUUCAUUUGAUUCAUCACAUAAUAAUUUAAUGACAGUUGCAAGCAACAGAAAUUCUCAGCAACAUAUCUCAGAUUCAACUUCAUCAAUGUUAUUAUUAAAUCGUACAAAUUCUCCAACAUCAUUUUAUUCAACACAUAUAAAAAAUCCAAUAAUUGGUGUUAGUACAACUGGUGAAAAUCAUAUUAUUAGUUAUUGCAAUUUCCCAACAAUUUCAAGUUCUUUAAGUCAUAAUGCAUUAGGGGUUGUAAAAUAUCGGCCAAAAAAUCAGAAUAUUAGUAUGAGAUCAGUUGUAUCAGCACAUAUACCAGAUAAUAUUGCUGAUCAACUUCAAUUUCAACAGAUGUCAGUACAUUCAGAAGCAAAUGGAAGCCAUAAUCAUCGAAUAUUACGAACAAGUUCCUAUAUAUUUGACGAAAAAGAUAAAAAUUCUCCACAAACAAAUACGAUAGCAUAUUUAACACCACCAAUUAGUAGUCAUUUUGGUGGUAAAAUAUUUUCAGAUGCUAAUUCAGUACGUUCAUUAGCAUCAAUUGGAGUUGGUUCAACGGAUGGUAGAAAAUUAGUUAUAAGACAUGUACCGAAUUCACCAACAGAACUUCUUAAAAUUGUUAAUCCACCACCACAACCACCACCUGAAGAAGAUGAUGACGAUAGUUCAAGUUUUGGCUAUGCAUUUGAUCCAGAAAGAUCACAACUUAAACCUAGACGACAACAUUGGGCUAAUAAAAUGCAAUUUGUUUUAGCAUGUAUUGGUUAUUCAGUCGGUUUAGGAAAUGUUUGGAGAUUCCCUUAUAUGUGCUAUAAAAGUGGAGGCGGUGCCUUCUUAGUACCAUAUUUUAUAAUAUUAAUAAUUUGUAGUACACCAAUGUUAUAUAUGGAAUUGGCUGUAGGUCAGUAUACAGGACGUGGACCAAUUGCAGCUUUAGGUCAAAUAUGCCCGCUUUUUAAAGGAGCUGGCUUAGCGAGUGUUGUUGUAUCAUUUCUAAUGUCAACAUAUUAUAGUGUUAUAAUAGGUUAUUCAAUUUAUUAUUUUUUUACAUCAAUGAAAACUGAUUUACCAUGGACUGGUUGUAAUCAUAGAUGGAAUACUCCAGAUUGUUGGAUACCAGAAAGACAACAUGCCAAUAUUACCAAGUCUGAAACAUCAAGAACACCAUCUGAAGAAUUUUUUGAACGAAAAGUUUUACAAAUUAGUACUGGUAUUGAAGAUCCUGGAACAAUGCGUUGGGAAUUAUUUGCAUGUUUAAUUUGUGCUUGGUUACUAGUCUAUUUUGCUACAUGGAAAUCAAUUAAAUCAUCAGCCAAAGUACGAUAUUUUACAGCAACAUUUCCAUUUUUUUUAAUUAUUGUAUUAAUGGGGAGAGCUUUAACAUUAGAAGGUGCUGAAACUGGUUUACAAUAUUUCUUUAGACCAAAAUGGUCAGAUUUAGGUAAUGCCAACAUUUGGAUAAAUGCAGCAUCACAAAAUUUUAAUUCAUUGGGAAUUGCAUUUGGUUCUAUGAUAUCAUUUGCUAGCUACAAUAAAUAUAACAAUAAUAUUCUACAUGAUACUCUAUCUGUUUCAAUAGUAAAUGCAAUAACUAGUAUACUCGUUGGAAUUUUUGCUUUUGCAACAUUAGGUAAUUUAGCAUUAGAACAAAGUACGGAUAUUCAAAAUGUAAUUAGCGAUGGACCUGGUUUCAUAUUUGUUGUAUAUCCACAAGUUAUGGCUAAAAUGCCAUAUGCUCAACUUUGGGGUGUUAUGUUUUUCUUCAUGUUACUCUGUUUGGGUUUAAAUAGUCAGUUUGCAAUUGUGGAAGUUGUUGUCACUUCUUUACGUGAUGGAUUCCCAAAUUGGAUAAAGCGAAAACUUCUUUAUCAUGAAGUACUCGUACUUAUUGUAUGUGUAAUUUCCUUUUUAUUUGGAUUACCCAAUAUUAUUCAGGGUGGAAUAUAUUUUUUCCAACUAAUGGAUCAUUAUGCUGCUUCAAUCUCAAUAAUGUUUUUAGCAUUUUUCCAAGUGAUAGCCAUAGCAUGGUGUUACGGAGCGGGAAGGUUAUCAAGCAAUGUAAAACAAAUGACUGGUAAAGCUCCCGCAUAUUAUUUAAAAACAUGUUGGGUUCUUUGUGGACCUGCUCUUUUAAUCUCUCUAUGGAUUUUCAGCUUAAUAAAUUAUAAAGAGCCAACAUAUAAUAAUGGAAAAUAUUAUUAUCCCAGAUGGGCAUAUGGAUUAGGUUGGUCAAUCGCUUCUUUAUCUUUAAUUUGUAUUCCAGCUUAUGCUAUUAUUAAUAUAUUACGUGCACCUGGAAGUAACUUUUGUGAUAAAAUUGUUAAUGCUAUGAAACCAAAUAUUUAUACAUGCCGAAUAUGUGGUGAGCAUCAUUGUGAACAUGAUUUCCCUGAAGAUGCUUAUAUAAUAAAUCAACAAGAGAUGACGCCAGUCAUUCAACCACGAAUUAUUUUAAGAACUCCUCCACCUGGCCAUCCAAUUAAUAAGCAUUCACCACUAUUAACUUCAUCAAACCAACCAAAUACAUCAGUUGUCGAAGAUGAAUCAAGUGGGGGUCAAUUAAGAGAUGAUAUUAUAGAAAAAAGCUGAUUUUAAACAAUUUUAUUAUUUUAAUUAUAAUCAUUAAAGUAUUGUUAUUGUUAACUAAUAUAUAAUUUGAAUGUAUUUUAAGAAAAAUAAACUAUAAAAAUUAAAGUGUCGAAAA